CGACUGGAUCUUAAAAUCUCGUCCCCCAUUGCCUCCCGUCUGCUUCAAAACCUUUAACCAGCCAAGAUCGCACACGUGAGAUGCAUCAAGGCUACACUCGCUGACAUCUAUGAACCUUUCGCAAAAAUGUUCCAAUAUACGGCAUUAGAUGCACCGCAGUGGUCAUCACCGACACCAUCGCCAUUAAAGCGAACGUGGCCUUUCGGAGAAGAUGGAAGAGAUGAUCAGUCAAGAGCCUCGACCUCAGCCUCACCCUCCUCUUCUACCCAGACGAGUGAGAUAAGCGAGCCAAUUAUCCAUGAUUUUUUUUGUUUCGGCAGCGUCAUCGAUAUAAAAGCCCAGCUAAGCACUGGAAAUAGACAGCUGAUAUUCCCUGCCCUUGACCGAGUUCAUUCCUUUCCUGUCGUUGAAGAAGGCUCUUUAUUUGCCCUUGAGCACCUCGGAUUUAGGUUCGCGCGACUUACCAAGGGACUGUGCGCCACCUUCAAGGCGCUCGUAGAGGAUCGGCAACGACAACUACAAUUUCGGGCCCUUGUUCAGGCCUCGGAUUUAAGGGACAUCAAAGCAUGGCAUUACUACUCUAAGAAAGCUUUCCCUGUGGAAGUGAACAUAUAUGGGUUGAAGGCCGAUGCUGAAACCGUCGGCCGAAUCUUAUCCAAAGCUGAUAUAUACCUUCAAUUUCCUAAAUCAGGUCUUGAUGGGUACAAAUACUCCAAUCCUCACUUCCUUCAGAUCGACGGAUUUGACGGCGGGAUCCCAACUGAGAAGACGCCGACGACGAAUCAGGAGGAAGCAAGGAGACGUAGCAUCGAGCCUGAGUCACAAACGAACAUUUCGACAGCAGUUGAUAACAUUCUUGAUUCGCUAUCCCAUCAUGUAGACCUCGGUCAAAUCUCCGUGGAUGGUAGAAUCAGAAGCACAUUGCUUCCACAUCAGAAAGAGGCCAUUGACUUCAUCAACCAAAGAGAGACUGGAAAAAUUGCUUCAGAAUUGAGUCUUUGGAAGUACAAUGAUGUUGACAAAGACGAGCCAUUCUAUCAACAUGUCUUUACUGGGGCAAAACGACCCCUUCCAGCCGAGGCUAGAGGUGGAAUUAUUGCGGACGAGAUGGGCCUGGGAAAAUCCCUAGUUAUCUUGUCAACGAUUGCUGGGUCUCUUGAUCGAGCAGAAGAAUUUGUUGCAGAAAAUCAGGGUGCUGAACGCCAGCCCCAGAGAGAGGUUCCAUCUAGCGCAACGCUUAUCUUAGCUCCUUCUUCCUUGUUAAUAGACAACUGGGUGGAUGAAAUACGGAAACACACGUUUCCUGGGGCGAUCUCAUUUCACCGACACCUAGGUUCGGCACGUCAUGCUGAGAUACAUUUGCUUCAGCAAAGGAUGAUCGUAUUUACAACAUAUGCAACAGUUGCCACCGAAUAUUGUCGCCGAGAUAGUCCCCUUGCGAAGAUUAAGUGGUUCCGGAUUGUACUGGAUGAAGCUCACGACGUCCGAAACCGCGCGACGAAACAAUACCAAGCCGUUGCCAAUUUACCGGCACAGCAUCGAUGGUGCUUGACUGGAACACCUAUCCAGAAUAACCUUGAUGAUCUUGGAGCUCUAACCUCAUUUCUCAAAGUUCCAAUACUAGAGUCCACGCCUACUUUUCGAAAGUUCAUUACGACCCCAAUUAAUUCGGCUUCUCGAAAUCAUUUCAAUAACUUGAGACUGCUUCUUCAGACGAUUUGCCUUCGGAGAACUCGGGAGUUGUUAGAUCUACCUGAGCCUAUCCGACAAAUUCGCAGAAUACCUCUCACAGAUUUGGAGCGGACCGAAUACAACAACCUGCUUCUCCAAGGUCGUGCUCAGAUUGACAUGGCUGUAAGUGGACGUAGGAAAGGCCGGGUAAACUCAACCGUGCUCGAGUCCCUCCUCAAGCUGAGGUUGUUUUGCAACAACGGGAACGAAAAUGUGGCUCUGCAUACCGGGCUGACCGGCCUUCCUGAAGACCCUGACGAGGCAUUAUCGUAUCUCCAGCAACUCGAUCAGAAUGUUUGCGCGUACUGCACUGGGACGAUCUAUUCUCUCAACGAUGCUACUGACACUGAUGGUGGGACAUUUGCUGGAAAGUGCCCUCACCUAGUGUGUCAUAACUGCUCGCCUCAGCAUCGCGCCCAGAAACAAGGAUGCCCAACAUGUGUAUUAGAAACUAAUAAUCAUUCUGAGAAUAUACUAAGUGAAAGCAUGCCCAAUAAUGAGUGGGUUCUGAAUAGUUAUCAUAGCAAUUCAUACCCAAGGCCCUAUCCAUCUAAGCUCUUGGCGCUCAUACAAGAUCUUCGCAGGGAUCCUACACACAAGAGCAUUGUUUUCUCCUGUUGGAAAAAGACACUCAACCUCGUAGGUGACUUACUCAACCAUUACAAGACUCCCUUCGACAUGAUCGACGGAUCUCUAGCAUUAAAUGAACGUCUAAAGAUCCUGAAAGACUUCCGAUCUCCAGAUGGUGCAAACGUUCUACUAAUGACUCUUGGUACCGGAGCCGUUGGUCUAAAUCUUGCCGUUGCAUCUCGGGUAUAUCUCUUGGAACCGCAGUGGAACCCGUCUAUCGAGUCACAAGCUAUUGGAAGGGCACUUCGUCUUGGCCAGACUGAGCAAGUAAAAAUUGUUCGGUACAUUAUGGCGCAGACAGUUGAAGAGUGUAACGUCUUAGAUCGCCAAACCCGGAAGUUACAGCUUGCUGGAGGUGGUUUUGGUAAAGAAAAGGAAGCCGCCAAUCUUGCAUUAGAUAUUUUUAGGGUAGAAUUGCCUAUUGGAUGACUGAGAAAGCACUGACUCCAUUCUUUCAUAUCUAAAGCACAUUGCCUCUUAGCUAUACUUGCUAUAUAAUAGUCGUGCUACUCCUUUUGCUCUGAGUUUUGCUCUUAG